AUGAAGGUCAUUCUGGCGCUGUUUUCGGUGUUCCUGGUCGGCCGUUGUGCGGAGCCGGACCCGGAACUCAAGAUCGAAGUCGUUUUCAAGCCCGAGGAAUGCGAGAGGAAAACGGUGGAAAAGGACAUGCUGACCAUGCAUUACACGGGAACCCUGGAAGACGGAAAGGAAUUCGACUCGAGUUACAAGCGGAAUCAGCCGUUUUCCUUCCAGAUCGGCGUGGGACACGUCAUCAAGGGAUGGGAGCAGGGACUCUUGGACAUGUGCAUCGGAGAGAAGCGGAAACUCAUCAUUCCACCUCAUCUCGGGUACGGCGAGGCCGGUGCAGGCGACGUGAUCCCCGCGGGUGCGACCCUCUACUUCGAGACGGAGCUGCUGGAGAUCGGCGACGCCCCGCCGAUGCAGAACAUCUUCAAGGCGAUCGACUCGAACGACGACCAGCAGCUCUCCCGCGAGGAGGUCGUGGACUACAUCAAGAAGGAGAUGCCGGCGGAUGUGAGCAGCGGCGACCAGAACCCGGACAUCAUCACCGAGGAGAUCUUCCAGCACGAGGACAAGGACCACGAUGGAUUUAUCAGCUAUGAGGAGUUCAGCGGGCCCAAGCACGACGAGCUGUGA